GGGCCAGUUUAGUGAAAGAAAGAGAGAGAGAGAGAGAGAGAGAGAGAGGGAGGGAGGGAAUGUUGUUUGGCACGCGCAGGCGCACCGAGAACCCAGCUGGGCAACGUUACACAGACUCUAGGCUCUCAUCCGACCAGCAGAGGGGCUGAACACUGCAGCACACAGUGAACAGAGGCCAGAUCCGGCUCUCAGCUAAACGGCCCUCAGCCUGCGGGCGCCGUAUAGAACAGGCCGGGGGCUGGGGGGGCGGGGUGGACAGCGGUGGACGGGAGAUGGCUGCCGGGGGAAUCACCACACUCCCUGCCGCACCCGAAGACGGAGGAAGUGGCUCGUUCCUCCCCGGCACCUUCAAGGAACUCAAGAAGCUGUACUGUAAAAACGGCGGCUAUUUCCUGAGGAUCAACGCGGACGGGAGGGUGGAUGGGACUCGGGAGAAAACUGACACUCACAUUAAGCUGCAGAUCCAAGCAACCUCAAUUGGGGUUGUAGUAAUCAAGGGAGUUUCAUCCAGCCGCUAUCUGGCCAUGAACGAUGAUGGGAGACUCUUUGGAACGAAACGGGCAACAGAUGAAUGCUACUUCUUUGAGAGGCUGGAGUCCAACAACUACAACACGUAUCGCUCCCGGGAACAUCCGAACUGGUAUGUGGCACUGAAACGGACUGGGCAGUACAAGUUGGGAUCCCGAACCGGACCUGGACAGAAGGCCAUCCUUUUUCUUCCGAUGUCAGCCAUGAGCUGAUCGUACUGGGGAAGCCGUUGGGCCGACAGUAUCAGAGAAAUACCUGAUGUAUCAUUAGCUACUGUGUUAGCGGUGCUGUUGAAGUGGAAACUGUAACAGAAGCAGGGUGGGAAUUCCAUACAUGCAGCAUGUCAGCUGGCAGGCACUGAAGAGAUUAUCUGACAGCAGUUUUAUAAACAUUAGUAGAAUGUGAACUUCUAAAUAACUGUUUAAAAUACAUACUAUGUUUUUAUGUACAUAUUUCUAGUACAGUUUCAUAUUCAUAUCUUGAGUCAUUCGAUGGCUGAAUGUACACAGAGUAACACAGUUAGGAGAGCAAUAAAAAAUAUCUCAAAUAGAUUAUACAGGAAACAAUAAAAAUAAGAAUUUGUUGGUGGACUAUUCUCCAUGUCGCUCCUGGCCAGCCUGCAUGAAAACGUGUCAGCAGGUGUCCUUGAAGCAUCAACAAGCUCGCUUUGCUGUCUGCUUUGGUUUGAAGUCGUGUCCUAAAUGUUGCAGUGAAGCCUUUAUAAUUUGAGCAUAGUUACUGUGUGACACAGAUUCCCAUUCGAAUAAUAAUAAUAAUUCAUUAUUUUAUUACUGUUUUUACUGUGAUGAAAAUGAAGCCUUUAUAAUCUUUUUAUACCAUUUGUAACACUGAUUUUUUGUAUGGGGUCUAGACAGCUGAAAUUUUCCAAAUUUUCUGCUUUAAUUAAUCUUUUGUAAAGAGAGAAAUUGAAAAGUUUUUAAAUUUGUUCCUGGCCUAAUUUUUAAGUUACUUUUGAUCCUGAAAAGAAUGUUUCAUAGAAUGUUUCAUUAUAUUCUUAGUAUGUUUUGGAUUUGAUUAAUCUCUUUAAGGCACAUUUCAGGGUAGCUCAGCCUUUGACAGGCCCUUUGCUAAACCUUUUCUCGGGAAAACUGAUGAUUUAAAUUCCUCCACAACCCAGGAAAUUCUAGGAGCCAUUGCACCUAUAGCUGCAGCCGCAGAGCUCUGUGUUAGAGGUACCCUAAGAUUUAGUGACUGGGUGCCACCUUAAUUUAUUGCUAUUCACUGCAACUAUUACAUGGAGAAGUGAUGGGACCAUAAUGAUGAUGAUGACGACGAUGAUGAUGAUGUAUCACUGUAUUUUGUAAGGGUCAAUCAGCGAUAAGAUUGUUGAGUCAAUAUAUUAAUUAUCUCCCAACAGCUGCUGCAACUUUUGAUUUGAAAUAAAGGUUUAAUAACUGCUUUUCCACCCGUUUACACAAUACCCCUUCAUCUUCAAAUAGUGGCAGAAGGGAAACACAUAAAGGAAGUGAUUUUUUUCACUUAUUAAUAAGUUGUGUGCAAUCCACUGCUUAUUCAAUAAUAUAACUUAUUAAAACACACAUUCUAUUUGCAACAAUAAAUUCAGGUCAACCUGAAACCACAAGGGAAGCCAUUCAUCGGAGUAGCUGUUAAUAUCUUAAUAUGAUAGUGCCCCUUUUCAGAGCUUUCCUGUGCAAAAGUUCUUAGCGCUAGUAACCAUAACUCAUUACAAGGCAUGCAAGAAGCAGACAAGCAGAACCUAAAUUAUCCAGUAGGGGGCACCUGACUAAUUCAAAAUCUCAGAAAAUAGAGCCUUUGUCUAUUUAACCUAACUUACUCAUUUGAAAUGUCCAUAUAAGGUAAAGGAGAUUUCUAGAUUUUUUUAUGGAGCAUUUUUAUUUUCAACAGUUUUAAGGGAAUUUCUAGAUAUUUUACAUUAAGUACAGAUUUUAAUAUUCUUAUCAUAUUUUAAAUGAAAAAUAUACCAGGAUAUAUGUCUCGUAUAAAAUGUAACCACCAUGGUUUUAUUGCUCAUUAAAAGUAAAAUAGUUAAAAUGUGAUUUCUGUAUUUUAUUUUUCAUGCAGUCAGUGUAGAAGAAUGCAAUUCAGUGUCCUACUGAUUUUUAUUUAAAAUAUGUUCCACCUGGCUUUGGUAAUAUUUAAACAAUCAAAUGCUGCUAGCUAAAUUAUCCUAAACAUGUACUUGUUUUGUUCAUUCACAGUUGUUUUUUUGUCUUUGCAGAAUACAGCCAGUGUUACUGUACAUAUGAGUUUUCCUUCAUACGCUUUUAUGAAGUUUUAUUCUACUUGUACCUGUGUAACGUGUUGCUCUGGUUAUAGUGGCUUUCCUUUGCAUUUGUGGAAGAUAUAUGAUAUUAUCAAUAACAUAAAAAGUAAAAAAAUCUGAGAUUU